AAGAUUUGAUAUUCAAUUGAAAAUGCCAACAGACGAACAACAACUGUCCAGCUCAACGAAUUCCCUGAAAAGGAAACGGGAGUCGCACAAAAAAUCCACGGAUUCGGCCGAAGCAUCUACAAAACGUGCCAACUAUUACUUAAGGACACGGAGAAAGAAGCUCAGAAGUUUGGUGUCAAUAGAAUCAAGUCCAUCCAAGAAAUCCAACAAGUACCUUGUCCUUUCCGGAAUCAUAUUGAUCGGUUUCAUUGUGUUCGUGUGGAAGAACGAACAAUUUCGUGAUGAGCUGAAACAUGUGGCUAUGAAUCAGUUUCAAAUGUACCUGCAUGGCCGUGAAAAUUACUGUGAUGAACCGUUUGAGCAUUGGCACAUUGCGAACGUAUUGCAGCAUCGGAUCAUCGGUCAAGAAACAGUUCUUGAAAGCAUCGACCAAGCAUUGGAACAACACGAGAGUAUCACCGCAUUGGCCUUCAUUGGGACACAAGGUGUUGGCAAAACAUUGACAUUGAAUUUAAUUCAGGAACAUUUCCAAUGGCAUCUGAACAUUCAGCAGUACAUUUGGUCGUUGAUACAGUCUCCAGAGAAACAACUGGACUAUCUGCUGCGAAUCAUAAAUGGUUUGACGACAUGCGGUCAAAAUGGCAUCUUCAUCGACAGCAUUCCCAUCAAGCACGUCGAAACCAUCGCUGCGUUCAACGCAAAGCUGUUUGCCCAUGCCAAAGAGAACAACAUCAAAUUGGUUGUAAUUUACGCAUUCCAAACCAAUAAUCCGAUCAUAGCCAGCCAACCAGUGCCGAUCGAUGGUGUAAAAUCGAUUAUCUUCCGUCAAUUUGACUCGAAUGACAUACACAACUGUAUAACUAUGGAAAGUGAACGAUUAAAAAUCACUUUACCACCCGCUCAACUUAACGAUUUAUUAGAAGAUAUCGACGCUAAACGACAUGGGUGCAAACAUGUCGCUUCUCGAAUCGCACGACAGGACAUUCAAGACUUUUAAUUACAUUUAGACAUAUAGCGAACUUUGAUUGUGAUCGUUUUCUAAUAGGCGUUAACUCUGUGUAAAAAGAUUUUUUUUGUAAUUAAAUUUUAAGAAAAGAAUUGACUAAGCCACCAUUUAUAGUAGGCUAGAGAACUGAUGCAAUUUUUUGAAUUUUAUGAUGCGAAUUUGAUAGGCUAAUUUAAUAACAUAUACAAGCAACAAUGUCAGGCUGUUAUCGUCUCAAGACGACAUGUGACUCGUUCAACAACCAAAUAUACAUUCCAAAAAUGUCAUUUUUCUAUUGCACACAACGUGAAUAAAUUAUUCUUAUUCUAAAUGCAGACAAUUUAAGCAUAAAAUAUACCUACCGCAA